AUGUCACUGUCGAGAUCUACAUCUCAUGGCAGUAGUUCUUGCAGUUCAGUCAUCAAAGCACUUCGAUGGCUAUUGAAAUCAGCAGAGGUUGGAUGUUUACAGGUGGUGCAUUCAGUUCUUAUUGGAACCUUUCUGAACCAGAAGGUGCCCAAGGAUAGGAAACAAGCACCUCCUCUGCCUCUGUGGGCAUUGGUGCAGUGGGAGCGUCGUGUGCUCAUGUCCAACUGCACGGUAUUAGAAAUCAUUCUACUGGGUACAUUUUUAUUGAUGGCCUGGGGAUCCCUUCGUUUUUCCGAUGCGCAAAGGUUAGACCUCCAAAAGAUCAUCUAUCACGAUGGUACCAUGCGAGGGGUGAUAUGGCGCUCCAAGACAGCAGUCAGCGGCAUGCCCCUAGCAGUGGCGGCGGAGGGUUUCCUCAGCAAAGGCUCCCACAACUGGCUGUGGAAGUUCUUGACGGUUUUGGAUACGGUAUUGGCCAAAUCAGGCCUCUCCGAUGUUGAUUUUCUUCUUCCACUGAUGGAUGAGGAUGGACCAGUUUAUCCAUUGCAACCGAUGGAUUAUGCUACAGCGUUAUUUUACCUACGGAAAUUUUUGGGUUGCCCCUGGAGUCAACGACCAGACCCCUUGCAGCAUUUGAAGUUGAACUUCACUUUGCACUCCCUCAAAGCGACAUUAUUGUCGUGGGGACCCCAGCUGCAUGAGAAAGUUACCCCUGAACAGCGUUUGUCUCAGGGACACCAUUCGGAUCCCAAUAGCAGUUUGGACACAUACUCACGUGACGUGGUGUGGACGUCCUUGACGUAUCAGCGCAAGAUGAUACAAGAGGUUCAGAGUGGAUGGCGUCCAGCCAUUGCCCAGCAUCGGGGUAGAAUGGUCGUCUUCUACUCCUUUGUCGGCAUUCCAAAAGGCGUGCCUCCAUACGGCAUUUCAGCGAUGAAACAAAAAUUCAUGGCCAACUAUCCAUCGGAGUUGAUCCAUGCAGACCUUUUUCCGUCGACCAGAUUAGUGAGCCUGGUUCAUGACCAGCUCUCCAAGAAGGUUUGGAAAUGGGUGCCAUGGAAGUAUCGCAUCUCGCUCACCAGGUCAGAGGAGAUUUCUAGCAAUCGAGCUCAGAAGAUGCCAAAAAUUGACCACUUGGGGUUACACUCCUUAUUAUUUGAUGAUCCUCCCUCAAUCGACGUGUCCAACAACGCCAUGGGGGUGAACUCGAUUCGCAAUAUGCUCGAAGUUCAUGAUCGGGCCAUUGCCUUGUGCCAAGGCGCUCACCUCGCCAAUCUCAAGGCCUAUACCCACAAAUUCAUCGGGUUUUUGACCGCCAAGUAUGAUGGAGAUUUACGUAACCCCAGUGUAUUGGAGGCUCAACAUGCGGACCAAAAAAUUUGGACAGUCAUUGCCGAGCUCAUGGAACGAGGCAAAGGCCAAGGGAAGUCAAAGGGCAAGCAGAAUUCCGGGAAAUCCAAGGGCAAGGUCCAAUGGCUCACGGAGAUUCAACGGGAUGGUGGUUUCAAGCAACUCUGCAUGCGAUAUCAGGUUGACUCCGUAGAGACUCUCCCAGUGCAUGACGUGGACCCAGUUCAAGACUUCGCUCCACCUAGUGAUAGUUUUACCCGGGGCCGUUUGUCCCAACCCGAGCAGGCGAAUGCGGAAACAGAUAUCACUGCCACCGUCCCCGUCACAGCGGAAUCCUUGGUUUCCUCUACGUGUUACACGUCCGUUAUCGACAGCUGUAUUGGAGCAUGGCCACUCAGUUCUUUCUUUGAUGUUUUAUUGGAUUCUUCUAUGGAUAUUUUAUCAGAUGCGGCCUAUGAGGAUCUGUUGCGUGUCGCAUCCAGUGGUCAGGUUGGUUAUGGAGCGGCCAGCCCUUCCUGCUGUGAAUACAGCAGACUCAAACUUCGAGAUGAUGACGGUCCCAAGGCUCUACGAUCACCAGAGCACUUGUCCGGUCUGCCCAAUCUCACACCCUGGGAACUGCAACGUGUCCAAGAGAGCUUUAUGAUGCUCUCUCGCUGCGUUGAGGUCCUCACCCUGGUUUUUCAAGCAGGCGGGCACGUCCACCUUGAACAACCCUUGAACGCCAUGUCAUGGUUAGAGAAGGUAGUACGCCAAUUUCUGCAAUUGAUUGGGGCUUCCUGUAUCAACGUGGCAGCUUGCGCCUAUGAGAUGGAUAUUUACAAAGCCUGGAUGUUUGCCUCGAGUUUUACAGGUCUUCGACCAUUAGGUCUCCGAGACGAUUCUGGUGCUUUUGCCAGUAGGGCGACGGCACAAUACCCACAGAAACUGGCACAAUUGUUUGCCAACCUUGUGGACCCAUUACUGGACACAUCAGGGUUGGACCUCCAAUGGUCAUAUUUGGAUGCCCUCAUGCCCACCAAGCAACUGUCGGAGUAUCCAUUUUCGCAAAUCGAUGGGGGUGGAGCUUUUUCCUACCCGGACUGGAGUCAGGAUAAUCGUCAAGAACACGACUGGUUCAAGACUCUGCGUACUUCGUGGAUGAACAGGAUCAUCUCUGAGCGGUUGGAUAAGAUCCUACUUGCGCAUGUGGCUUCGGGCAACCCGUCACCGCCUUUUUCGGUGGAAAUCCUGACCCCAUUCAAGGCUGAUCUGGAGCAAUUCUUGGAGGCACAUGGACAUACACCAGAUUGGUCAGUUCGACAACAUCAACCAAUACAUCUUCAUAUUUUACAUUCUUUCCAAAAGAUUAUGCAUGACGUCGAUUUUACAUUAUUGCCCAGUCUAUUAGAAGGUGUUCGAACUGGUUUUUCCACAGCGAUUCCUCCGUCGGGUAUUUUUCCACCCAAAGAACGUACGGACAUAGAACCCGAUCCAUUGUCAGCUCACCUUUCCAACUGGCAGAGCGCUGAAGAAGAUCUACCACUCACCCGAGAACUGGUUCAGGAAGAAAUUGACAAGGGUUGGGUGUUUCCGUAUAAAGGUUCUUUGGAAGAAGCACAACAAGAAUAUCCGGCCGGAGUUGCUAUUGGAAAAUUGGGCGUGGCUCGCUCGGAUAGUCGAGCCCCCCGAUUAGUUGUAGACUCCAGCGUAUGCGGCCUCAACGGUCGGUGUAUCAUACCUGAGAGGUCCACCCUCCCGACUGCCAAGGAGGUGUUACGUAGCUACCCUCUACGUCAGUGUCAGAGGAAUCUAAUGGGCUUUUCUUUAGACGUUAAGGCUGCUCAUAAAAGAAUAGUUCUUCAUCCGGACGAAUGCGGAUUGGUGGGCUUUUCGCUAGAGGGACAGCUUUUCUUCUAUAGAGUUACCCCAUUUGGUGCAGUUUUCUCUGCCUUUUGGUGGGCGAGAUUGGGUGGCCUCCUUCUCCGUAUCUUUCACCACUUAAUCUGGUUGAGUCACGCUGGAUUUCUAUAUGUGGAUGACUUCUUAUUCUUUAUGGAAACCAACAUGAUGCCGCUGUCAGCCACAUUGUUGUGUAUUUUCUGCCAGCUUUUGGAAAUUCCUAUCAGCUGGAAGAAGACGGCCAUGCACUCUUCCAUUGACUAUAUUGGCUGGAAAUUCAAUUUCAAUGCAGGUAUCGUGACAAUCCCCAUUGAAAAGAUCCUCAAACUCCGAGGAUACAUCGAACAUCUUAUUUCCCAGCCACGAACUACUCGUAAGUCUUUGGGAGAAACUUAUUGGCCUGGCAAUGUGGAUUACUCAAUUAUUUCCACUUAUGCGGAUCUGGAUCCACUAUUGGUACCACGACCUCUACACCAUCCCGGCGACACAUUUCAGUAUUGA